GUGUGUUGACUCCGUCUCCUCACACACUCCCUCAUGGCUUUUCGUCAGCUGGUUUUGUUCUCUCUCUUCCUCCACUGUCGACUCUCAGACCGCAUGAAGAUCAGCAUUGUGUCUGUACAGGAGGGUCAGUCAGUCAUCAUCCCCUGCCUGUAUGAGAAGGAACAUGAAGAUGAUACUAAGCUCUGGUGUCGGAAAGAUGAUCUGUCUAAGUGUGCUGCAGGUGUGUCCAUUUCUGAUGACAUCACAUACGGAAUCUUCACUGUGCACAUGACGAACACCAGACGUGAAGAUGCUGGUGACUAUUGUUGCACUGUUAAACCCAAAACAAACUCACCACAAAUGAAAGACUGCACAAAAAUAACAAUAUCUGAAGGUGGUCCAGCGCUGUCCGUACUCAACCCCAUGAUAAGUGGGUAUGAGAGUGGGACUGCCUCUGUCCUCUUCCAGCACCGUUUCCCUCCUGGAUCCAAGAGGCAGUUCUGUCAGCAAGGAGGGGAGUGUGUGGGAUGGGACUUUGACUCUGGAUCUUUGAAUGGGAUGGCAGUGAUGCUGAGUGAUGUCACAGAUGGAGAGUUUAUAGUGACUCUCAGUGGCCUGCAGAGGAAGAACACAGGCUGGUAUGUGUGCACUAUGGGGGGAUAUCAGACUCCUGUUCAUCUCAAUGUGACUGGCAUCCGACCAACACAAGCGACAGAAUCUCCUGAGACAACCACAGACACAAACAUGGCUACUCCCAGCACUGACCAACGUGGAAUCGUUGAGGUGCUAGUUCCAGUCGGAGUUGGUGUGUCGGUGCUCAUCGUGCUUUGUGCUGCCACAGUGGGUCUGGUCCGAUGGAGACGAGGAAAGAGAAAGGCACCUCACCAAGCUGCAGCCAACACAGACUCAGCCUGUGAGACCAUGUACUCUCAUGACCAGCGCAAGAAGAGGUCACCAAAACAAGCCGUAUCUUCCAACCAAUCAGCAGAGCUUGAUGGCGUCCACGUGAAGGAUACACACAGGAAGAGGCCACCGAAACACGUCUUAUCCUCCGACCAAUCAGGAGAACUUGAGACCAUCCACCUUCAUGACAAGCGCAAGAGGCGGUCACCGGAAAACACCGUGCCCUGUGACCAGUCUGCUGACCUUCUACACACCCACGUUAAGGACACACACAGGAAGAGAUCACCCAAACCGGCAGUAUCCUCCGACCAAUCAGCAGGUCUUGAUGCCACCCACGUGAAGGAUACGCACAAGAAGAGAUCACCCAGACACGCUGUAUCCUCCGACCAAUCAGCAGGUCUUGAUGCCACCCACGUGAAGGACACACACAGGAAGAGAUCACCCAGACACGCUGUAUCCUCCGACCAAUCGGCAGGUCUUGAUGCCACCCACGUGAAGGAUACGCACAAGAAGAGAUCACCCAGACACGCUGUAUCCUCUCACCAGUCUGCUGAUCCUGACGCCACCCACGUCAAAGACACACGCAGGAAGAGGUCACCCAAAGACACAGUAUCCUCUUACCAAUUAAAUGAUCUCUAUGUCACCCACGUGAAGGAUACACGCAAGCAGAGAUCACCAGAACACGCAGUGUCCUAUGACCAGUCUGCUGAUCUUGACGCUAUCUACGGUAAUGUCUAAGGCUGUAUCGAUAUGUGUAUCGUACGCCCACGGGCCACUCCCGGCCCAAUUCCGACCCGCAACUUGAUGACAAAAUGAAUAAUGUCAUUUUUAAUUGCGACAAACAACGACACUGAUUGAAACAGAUGAUGGAUCCAAGUACGGUGACAAAUCUCCACCAGUAGUUGCCAGACAUCCUACACGGGAGAUACAUGAAGAAGAUGUGCAUUUGUUUGUAAUGACCCAGAAACAAGACAGGCCAUAGUGUUGCACAAAUUGAAGCAGAAAUACUUUUGUUCAUACUCUAUUUACAGUAGGACUGAUCUCUGACCACUUUCAAGCCAUGGCCUUUUGACAUACAGUAUUUAUGUAAAACUUUUACAAAAGUUUUUUGGCACCUAAAGUUUGCCAGGUUUAGGCUAAAUAAGUUCUAAGAGUACAAUAUUUGUAUUUGGUGUGAAACACACACAUAUACCUGUUUUUUUGUUUAUUUUUUGAAUUAAUAUUUAUUUUAUCCUUAUUUUAUUCAUAAGCUAAGGUUAACACAGGUGUCUAAAAGAGAUUUAAAAAAAAAAAAAAAAAAAACACUUGCACUUUCUGUUUGCGGUUUAAAUAUUUCAGUGUCUGUUUCGGUUUUGUGUUACAGAGUAUUUGAAAUAAUAAA